CUGUUUACCCCGCCCCCUUCUCCUAGUGGCUCUCAGUGUGGCUGGCGGAAGAUGGCGUUGCUGCAGCGUCUGUGGCUGAGUGGCAGGAAGGUGACUCCAAAGACAUCUUCGUUGUUGAAUGUCGUCUCAAGAAUUCCCUCCAUUACUCAUAAUAGGACUGCUCACCAGUACGUUCCUCGUAGAGCUGUACUGUAUAUACCUGGGAAUGAUGAAAGGAAGAUAAAAAAAAUUCCUAGCCUUGGCGUUGACUGUGCUGUGUUGGACUGUGAAGAUGGUGUAGCCAUCAAUAAAAAGGUUGAUGCCAGACACACAAUUGUUAAAACAUUGGAAGAAUUUGACCUUGGCAGCGCGGAGAAGUGUGUCAGAGUUAACUCCGUAUCCAGCAACCUUGCAGAGGAAGAUCUAGGGGUCAUACUGCAGUCCCGAGUAUUGCCGUCCUGCUUAAUGUUGCCAAAGGUUGAAAAUCCAGAUGAGAUAAAAUGGUUUGCAGAAAAAUUUCACCACUACAUAAAACGGAGAACUCUAGCACAUCCAAUACACUUAAUUACUUUUGUUGAAACCGCCAUGGGAUUGCUGAAUUUUAAGGAUGUUUGUGAAGAAUGUAUACAGAGAGGUCCCAGUGCUGGCUUUUACCUGGAUGGAGUAGUGUUUGGAGCAGAAGACUUCCGCGCAAGCAUAGGUGCCACGAGUAGCAGAGAUACUCAUGAUGUGCUGUAUGCCAGACAGAAAAUCAUCGUUGUAGCCAAGGCUUUUGGACUACAAGCCAUUGAUCUGGUGUACAUAGACUACAAAGAUGGAGAAGGCCUUCAGAGGCAGUCAAGAGAAGGCGCCCUGAUGGGAUUUACCGGUAAGCAGGUGAUUCACCCAAGCCAGAUUCCUAUUGUCCAGGAGCAGUUUACUCCGAGCGCUGACAAAAUAAGAUGGGCCCACGAAUUGAUUUCUGCUUUUCAAGAACACCAAACAUUAGGAAAGGGCGCAUUCACUUUCCAUGGGAGCAUGAUCGACAUGCCCUUGCUUAAGCAGGCACAGAACAUCGUUACGCUUGCCAGAGCCAUCAAGAAGGAAUCAUCUGCUAAAUGAAGCUCUCACCAGGAGGCCAAACCGUACAGCACCAGUCUUAAAGGGGAGGAGGAAGACUUGAGAAAUACACUGCAGAGCAGUCAGGGCUAUUCACAUUGGAUGCUUUAACAUUUAUUCUCUGUACAUGUCUAUACCAUUAAUUAAAAUAAACAUCAAGUUC